AUGGAGGGCAGAGCUUGUGGCAGUGGAAAGCAUUGUUGGCAAGGGCGUUGUCUGGAGGACCCUGCAGCUCCAAUUGACUUGAUAGCUCAGCUAUUUGCAUGGACAUUAGAAGCUGGACGAGAAUUAGUGGUACCUAGGUUUAAAAAUAACGUGACGGAGAGAUGUUCGCUGACAGGUUACUCUUUAAACUUGUGCAACGACAUUGAUCUCCGUUUAAAUGAAAUGGUUGUGUCUCCAAAACAUAUAAUCACCAUUGUGAUUACAUGCCUACUGGUUUUUGGUGCAUAUUUCCUUCCCAACAUAAAUAAUGAAAGGAUAGGCCUACUUAGGCGCGGUUGAUGCACAGAUGUUUUUGUCGACGACAAACCAGUCACAAUUGGCAAAUGGGACUCUGGAGCUUUGAACAAUUGUUUAAAUGAUGCUGCUAAGCUGGUUCUUGUGGAAAUGUGGAGCUUUGAACAAUUGUUUAAAUGAUGCUGCUAAACUGGUUCUUGUGGAAAUGUGGAGCUUUGAACAAUUGUUUAAAUGAUGCUGCUAAACUGGUUCUUGUGGAAAUGUGGAGCUUUGAACAAUUGUUUAAAUGAUGCUGCUAAACUGGUUCUUGUGGAAAUGUGGAGCUUUGAACAAUUGUUUAAAUGAUGCUGCUAAACUGGUUCUUGUGGAAAUGUGGAGCUUUGAACAAUUGUUUAAAUGAUGCUGCUAAACUGGUUCUUGUGGAAAUGUGGAGCUUUGAACAAUUGUUUAAAUGAUGCUGCUAAACUGGUUCUUGUGGAAUGUGGAGCUUUGAACA